AUGGACGGGCGCAACCCAAACCUUCACGGGUACAUCACGCACGCCAAAAAUGAAUACAUGCAAAUCGGCCUGUUCCCAUCCUUGGUCUCCCCCUCAGCAACCGAAGGAACACGUUUCUUCACAUUCUCACCUCUCCUAAACGCAGGCGGCACAAAGUUUACGGUCCUAGAAAACAUGCCCCUCCAAUGCUGGGAAAAGUUUGCUUGGAACGCAGCGUGGAAUUCGUUGGCAGCUGCCACGUUCCUGACUUCGCACGAUUGGCUGAGCUCGAGUCCAGGGGCUAUGCCCAUGACCCGGAAGCUGAUGACCUGUCAUGGGGAUUGA